UACACUGUGAGUCCCAUCUCUUCCUCGUCUUUUAUAUAUGUAUAUAGAAAAAUAGCAGAGACAGGGCAACAAUCAUUUUCAUUGCUUUAAAAUAUUUUUUUCAGGAAUUCACAGACUGUCAUCCAAUGACCAUAGCAUCAGAGUGUGUGGAAUUAAAGUUGACGAAGGACAGAAGAGGCAAUAAAGGGGUCUGCUUAUUUUCAAGGGACUCAUCUUUACAUUGAAAGGAAGGCAAUGGAUUGCUCCGCAUUAUCACUCUUUAUAAACUAAUCCUUUGUCCUAAAAUGACGCAACUCAUGGAUAACGAGUGCAAGUAAAUAAGUGUCUUCCACAACAAUAACAGGUUUGUUAAUCUGGAACGCCGUGUGUCUUCUUUCACCUCUGUUGUAGACUAGCUAUGUCCGCGCUAAGAAGGAAAUUUGGUGAAGAUUACCAGGUGGUGAAUACAAACAGGGGCACCUCUUACACGGCGCCUGUCAAAAAGAAGCGCCAGCGGUUUGUGGAGAAGAACGGUCGCUGUAAUGUUCAACACGGCAACCUUGGUGGGGAGACCAGCAGGUACAUUUCAGACUUGUUCACCACAUUGGUCGACUUGAAGUGGCGAUGGAACCUACUUAUUUUCAUACUGACAUACACUAUCGCUUGGCUGGUCAUGGCUUCCAUGUGGUGGAUCAUCGCCUACAUCAGGGGAGACCUGAACCAUGGCCAUGACCAGUCUUACACUCCGUGCGUUGCCAAUGUGUACAACUUCCCUUCCGCUUUUCUAUUCUUCAUUGAGACAGAAGCCACUAUCGGAUACGGAUACCGCUACAUCACGGAAAAGUGCCCCGAAGGCAUCAUUCUCUUCCUCUUUCAGUCUCUUUUGGGAUCCAUCGUAGACGCGUUCCUCAUUGGCUGCAUGUUCAUCAAGAUGUCCCAACCCAAGAAGCGUGCGGAAACCCUCAUGUUUAGCCAGGAUGCAGUCAUCUCGCAGCGCGACGGAAAGCUGUGCCUCAUGUUUAGGGUGGGAAACCUGAGAAACAGCCAUAUGGUGUCCGCACAAAUCAGAUGCAAACUUAUUAAGUCACGGCAGACCCCAGAAGGAGAGUUUCUACCCCUGGAUCAGUGUGAAUUGGAUGUGGGCUUUGGGACCGGGGCAGACCAGCUCUUCCUGGUGUCUCCACUCACUAUCUGCCAUGAGAUCAAUCCCAAGAGCCCCUUCUUUGAGUUGUCCCAGCGCUCCCUCAUGAAUGAGCAGUUUGAAAUCGUCGUCAUCCUGGAGGGCAUAGUUGAGACCACAGGAAUGACAUGCCAGGCUCGGACGUCCUACACCGAGGACGAGGUCCUGUGGGGCCACCGCUUCCUGCCCGUUAUGUCUCUGGAGGAGGGCUUCUUCCGGGUGGACUACUCCCAGUUCCACAGCACCUUCGAGGUGCCCACGCCGCUCUACAGCGUGAAGGAGCACGAGGAGAAGACCUCCCUGCCCUCCCCUGCGGCCACGCCCAUGCUGGCGGAGGCCCGCGGCCGGCGGGAGCGGGUGUUCUCGGUGGACUGUAUCGACACCAUCGAGGAGCAGGCAGGGAGGCUGCCCAGCAAGCUGCAGCGGAUGAGCUCGGGGAAAGAGGACCUCCAGCGCAAGGUGCUGAAGACGGGCGUGCAGGUCUCGGAGCGGGCCUCCAGCACGGGGGACCUGCCGCUGAAGCUGCACCGCAUGAGCUCCGUCCCCGGCCAGGGCGACGCCGCCGAGGAGCGGCUGCAGCUCCGGGCCCUCAAGCUGAGCUCGGAGCCCCUGACCCAGUCCACCGGGGACCUGCAGCACCUCAAACCGGCCCCCGUCCCCGCCCCCGCCCCCACCGCCCCUCAGGCGGGAGGAAGGCCCGAGGACAACCUCCCGGCCAAGCUGCGGAGAAUGAACGCUGACCGCUGACCCCUCAGAGACAAGUGAGGCCUAUAUGAAAUGCUGACCGAGCUACACUCCUGUAUAGACACGUCGAAAGGUGAACAGGCUUGUCUAAAGGGAACCAACAAACCCAGGAAGGACUGAGUGUCUUCACAAUGCAAUUUUGACGGGGACUACUGUGAUUUUAGCUGCUUUGCUGUUUUCUCCCUCGCUUUAGAGCAAUGGCACUGAUUCCCUGCAUCUUACACAUGGAGGAGAACUGCUGGAAUUUCAGAGUUGACUACGGGCCCAUCCCUGUGACUGAGGUGAUCUUUUGGGACUCAUCACUUCCUGUGACUCAUCACUGUGUGCAUGUGAGAAACACAGACUCCUCCUGAUCUCCAUCUCUUCUACACUACACUACAUCUCAUUUCCUGGUUUGCAAUACAUUGACCAAUAAUAUUCUUUUUGGAACAAUUAUAAUGAUAAUUAUAAUAAACACUGCACUCGUAGCUCUCUACAUGCUACAUUAUCUUCAGUUGAUUAAUUUCUUGACCAUUUGUUUUUCUAUUGACUGGAUAAGACUCAGGCUUUGUGAAGCCCAGUCACCUUUCUCCAGCAAGGUUAUGUAGAUUCCAUGCCGCCCUAAACAGACAAUCAAUGCUCUCAAUAUGUCCUUGUUGAUUUAAUUUGCAUAUGAAAUGAGAUGCCUGUGUGGACUGGUUGAUGACUGAAUUGCAACUUGAAACAUUUUAAUAUCUAAAUAUUUAAC